UUUUAGGUUAUGCUACUCUCAUGUGUUAUGAGCAAAUCUGGAGUUGGUGGAAUAGCUGCACCUAGAGGUUGCAAUUUUUUCAGUCAUGUUAUAACGUGAUUACGACUUAGGGAAAAUUUCGAUGUGCCAAACAUGAAGUAACUGAAUCAUUAAAUGGCCAACAGGGCAGGUUGUUCAAAAGCUAUUUGUAAUCGGGGGUUAAUUAAAGAAAAAACAUUGAAGCAAACUUUCCAACAGCUUGCUCAUAAACGUCUCAUCUGAGAAACCUAGUUUCCUGCAUUGUGGAAACACUUGGAGAAAAUUGUAAAGAUCGUAAUCAAUCGCCUUUUAAUUAACAAUGCCAGUAUUGAUUUCAGAAUACUUGAGAAUUUAAUUCAAUGGGAAACAUGGUCACAUAGGGCUUUUAUUAGAACAAAGUUCAGCAGAUUCUAUGGGUAUAUGUGUGCAUUAUACUUAACAGUAACACUGUAUGCUGACAAAUGUCCACCCCCACCCCCCUCUCCCCAAAUUUACAUCGGAGGAGGGAGCGCACUGGGGGUCAAGAAAGAAAAUUUGACAAAGUAAUUUCAGUAUUUGGUGAGGUUGAACAGCGAAAACCAAUUGCUAUACUACACUACACAAUGCGCUACUUUGUGUUUAAAAUCCGCAACCAUGGCAACAUCCUGCUUAGAAUAAUUAUUACAAUUUGCCUUUUUCCUGUCAUUUUUAAUUUUCAAUCUUUCCAUAAAAAUAAAUACUGGUAUAAUGAUCUUUUUUCUUUAUUUUUAAUCCAUAUUCAAUGGUCAAAAAUCAGUAUUAAAAGGGUUAGGUGCAAUACUUGAUAGGCUUUGUUAUGUUUCAGAAUCUAUAUGGACCAUAUUUUACCUGUAGCCAGAUUGCUGGUUGCUUAGUUAUUUUCAAUUUUUCCAAGUCUGAAUCAUUCGAGUCAUUCAUUUGCCAAAUCCUAUUUCGAGCGGCAAACUUGCUGGUGAAAUCCUAUUUCCAUGAGUUCAAAUGACCAAAUUCCAUUAUCUGGAAUUUCGAAUCCCAGUUGGCAAAUCCCUGCUCCCAUUUUGCCCCAUUCACGACUAUUUUAGUAGUUUGAUUUAAAAUUUGAUUAGUUUGUUACUGGCUUGAUGGGAUCUAGUCAUCUAUGUAGAGUAUAUAUGUUGCAUGGUUGGAUGCUUCUUUGGUUGAGUUAAUAUUAACGGCUUAUUGACCGAGCGUGAGGUCUGUACGGUGAAAUAUCAGACCGAGGUUUGUUGGUAUGGACCGAGCGACGAAGGAGCGAGGUCCAUGCAAAAAACAGAGGUCUGAUAUUUCACAGUACAGACCGAACAAGGGAGGUCAAUAAUCGGUUUAUUAUAUGGUUGAACUGAGUCUGUAAACAUAUGCUUUUCCAAUUCGCGCGGAUUAAAUCGGCUAUCGUCAGUUUCACUGGGUAUAACAAUAUACGGUAGGCAUGCGUGCUCCAUCAAAAACAAUUUGGUUGUUUGAAAUUUUUAUCUGUAAAUUUUAAUGACACACAUUAAUGGCAUUUUAAUGGCACACUGUUUGCAAAGCAAAAAUUUCCCGCCAGAUAAACGACAUCUGGGACACCGGUCCAGAUACGAAAAAUACGGACCACGGUCCGGAUAUGGGUUUUUACGGACCGCUUGUCAACCAAUCAGAAUAGAGAAUUUUGAAAAGCCAUAUAAUAAUAAUGAUUAAAUCUAUAUUAUUUAGGUUGUGGCGCUACUGAAGUCCUCGCAAUUGGAAUGGAAAAUGGGUUAAUUCUGUGGUCACAACUGUCCGCUUCGUCUUCUUUCGAAGGAUAUAAUGCCUCCAAUGCAAAACUAAAUGGCGCUGGACAUUGGUUGCCUGCAGAAGAUGAUAUUAAGCCAUGGCUUCAGGUUGAUUUUGCAAUAAUAUUGUGGUUAGAGGCAUUAACAACGCAAGGCGCGUCAACGUCUGACCAAUGGGUGACAAAUUUCACGAUUUCUUACGCGAUAAAUUUCACAGUAUUUACGGACCUUAUCGAAAACGGAACAAUUAAGGUAAAAAAUUAA